AUGAAUAUUGCUACAGCUUCUGAUAGACCAUUAAGUAUAGAAGAUAUAAUUAUGGCUAAAGCUAAAGAAAAUGAAAAAUUAAGGCCUUUGAAUGAAACUAUAGAUGUAGAUAAUGAAAACAAUGAUGAAAUAAAUAAAACUAUUAAAGAAAAUGAAAAUUCUACAAAUAUUAAUAAUAACAAUGAGUUAAUUGUUACAAAGGUAAGCCCAGAUGGAAGUAUUCUUUUUUCUUAUACCAAUUCUGAUCAAAAUUUACAAAAAUCAAACAAUUCUCAAAUUAAUUUUGUAAAUGAUAAGAUAAACUCAUUGGAAUUUGAUACAAAAAAUUUAUUUGACUUGAAUAAUCAAACAACAAAUUCUAAAAUGCUAGAAAAUUAUAAACAAACUCAAUUAAAGGUUGUAGAUUUUGAUGAUAAUUUAAAACAAAAGUUCAAUAUUGAAAAAAAUAAAGAAAAAAUUGUUUUUGAUUUCUAUAGAAUAGUGGGAACUUUUAAAAAUACAUCAAAAAGUAAUUUUAACGAAUUAAAAUUUAUUGAAGAAAAAGUUGAAACAUCAACUUUAAUAUCAUUAAAAAUGAAUGAGGCAAAUCACUCAAAUAAGUCAAAUUUUAAGAAUAAGGAACCAAAUAUAACAAAAAUUUCUGAUUUUAAACGAGAUAUAAAUUUACAUAAUUCAAUUUUAUCCCAAGGGAAUUUUGGAGUAACUGUUAGAUAUUUUAGCUAUCAAAAUUAUGCAGUACUAUUACCACUGAUAAUGUUUUUUUUAUGA